UCCCUUCGAAAACUAACUUAUUUCCCUCUCACAAUGGCGGCUUCCAUUAGCAACCGUCAAUACGGCAGCCACAUAAACGACGUCGUUGGCAGAAACAAGCCGCCUCCGCCGUUGGAUUUCGACACGGACUUCUCUUCCGACGAGGAAAACGACUACGCUUCAUACCUCAAAGAGCUGAACCAGCUGAUACAAAAAGGGAACGCCGAAAUGGAGGACUCCAUUCUGGACCCGCGCCAUGAGGGCACCGCGGACGAGUGGGUCCCGCGUAAUGCCUCCAUGGUGCGGCUCACGGGGAAGUACCCCUUCAAUGCGGAGGCCCCACUCCCGCGCCUCAUGCACCAUGGCUUCAUCACCCCGGUUCCACUCCACUAUGUGCGGAGCCACGGUUCAGUCGUCAAGGGCAAAUUUGAAGACUGGACCGUGGAAGUGACCGGGCUGGUAAAAAAUCCAACUCGCCUCACACUGGAAACCCUUUUGAAGAGUUUUCCCCAGCGCGAGUUUCCUGCUACACUCGUGUGCGCGGGGAACCGCCGCAAGGAGCAGAACAUGGUGAAGCAGAGCAACGGCUUCAACUGGGGCUGCGGCGGCACCUCCACAACUCUCUGGCGCGGCGUCCCCCUCCGCCACGUCCUUCGCCACUGCGGCAUCCUCUCGCAUUCCAAGGGCGCGCACUACGUGAACUUCGAGGGCGCUGAGGAUCUCCCCGGAGGCGGUGGAUGCAAGUACGGAACAAGUAUCACGAGAGAAGCCGCCAUGGACCCCUCCCGUGACAUCAUCAUCGCGUACAUGCAAAACGGCGAGCUUCUAGCGCCGGAUCACGGGUACCCCGUGCGCAUGAUUAUUCCGGGGUUUAUAGGUGGAAGAAUGGUGAAGUGGCUCAAACGCAUUGUCGUUUCUGAGCAUGAGUCGGAGAGUUAUUACCAUUAUAAGGAUAACAGAGUGCUUCCUUCGCAAGUUGACUCAGAGCAUGCCGAUGCAGAAGGUUGGUGGUAUAAGCCGGAAUAUAUCAUCAACGAGUUGAACAUAAACUCAGUGAUAACGACGCCGUGUCACCAGGAGAUCUUGCCCAUCAACUCAUGGACUACGCAGAGGCCCUAUCUCCUGAGAGGCUACGCAUAUACCGGUGGUGGAAGAAAACUGACACGUGUGGAAGUAACACUGGACGUUGGAAAAACGUGGCGCUUGUGCAAAUUGGACCGUACUGAGAAACCCAACAAAUAUGGCAAGUAUUGGUGUUGGUGCUUCUGGUCUUUGGAGGUGGAGGUGAUGGACUUGCUUGGGACCAAGGAGAUUGCAGUUCGAGCUUGGGAUGAAGGCCUCAACACCCAGCCUGAACACCUCAUUUGGAAUGUUAUGGGUAUGAUGAACAACUGCUGGUUCAGGGUGAAAACAAAUGUAGCCAAGCCCCACAAGGGUGAGAUUGGCAUAGUGUUUGAACACCCUACCCAACCAGCAAACCAACCAGGUGGUUGGAUGGUAAAGGAAAAACAUUUGGAGAAAUCACUAGAGAAAUUACCAAGCCUCAAAAAGAGUGGUUCCACGCCAUCCAUGAACACGUCCUCAAAAAUGUUCACCAUCUCUGAAGUCAAAAAGCACUGCAUCUCCGACUCUACUUGGAUCAUCAUCCAUGGCCACGUCUAUGACUGCACCCGAUUCCUCAAAGACCACCCCGGUGGUGUUGAUAGCAUCCUCAUAAAUGCUGGUACUGACUGCACUGAAGAGUUCGAUGCCAUCCAUUCUGAAAAAGCAAAAAAAAUGCUCGAAGAUUUUCGAAUUGGCGAGCUCAUGAGCACAGGUUACACCUCAGACUCAUCACCGAACAACUCCGUGCAUGGCAAUUCUGAAUUCACCCACUUGCCCCUUAUUAAGGAAAUCACCACAACACCACCACCACCACCACGCGACGUGGCUCUUAAAACACGUGAGAAAAUCCCAUGCAAGCUCGUGUCGAAGACUUCCAUUUCCCACGAUGUGAGGCUCUUCCGUUUUGCCUUACCCUCAAAAGACCAGCUCCUAGGUUUACCCGUGGGGAAGCAUAUUUUCCUAUGUGCCACCAUCAAUGAGAAGCUAUGCAUGCGAGCCUACACUCCAACAAGUAGUGUGGACGAAGUAGGGUUCUUCGAUCUUGUCAUAAAGGUUUACUUCAAAGGCGUGCACCCCAAGUUCCCAAAGGGAGGACUCAUGUCUCAGCAUUUGGACUCCCUCUCCAUUGGGUCUGUGUUGGACGUGAAAGGCCCAUUGGGCCACAUAGAGUACACCGGAAGAGGCAACUUCUUGGUUCAUGGAAAGCAAAGAUUCGCAAAGAGGCUAGCCAUGUUGGCUGGUGGAACUGGGAUCACACCCAUUUACCAAGUGGCACAAGCGAUUCUGAAGGACCCAGAGGACCCCACAGAGAUGCAUGUGGUCUAUGCAAACAAAACUGAGGAUGAUAUUUUGUUGAAGGAAGAAAUGGAUGUGUGGGCGAAGAAACAUAGUGACCGAUUCAAGGUGUGGUACGUGGUGGAAACUGCUAGGGAAGGAUGGGAAUACAGUGUUGGGUUCAUCACAGAAAGUAUCAUGAGGGAGCACCUUCCAGAAACGUCAACGGAUGCCUUAGCUUUGACAUGUGGGCCACCACCUAUGAUUCAAUUUGCAGUGCAGCCUAAUUUGGAGAAGAUGGGAUAUGAUAUCAAGAACGAUCUACUUGUGUUUUAGGGCAUGUUUGUGUAUUGCUAUUGUUGUGUGGUUAAUGUAUGUGUAUUAUUAUUGUUGCUUGUGUAUCAACAAUUAUUGGAAUAUUUCAUGAAUAAAUAAUAUAUGUGAAAAGACAUAUAAUAUGAGA